GCUUGUUGAGGGGAAAACUCACAUUUACCGUUGCAGAUACGUUGUGACUACCACACAUGAGCAAUGCUCCCCAAGCACCCAUUAUCGAAGGUCGAGAGCCGGCGCAUGUUAUCAACGCGAACUGGCCAUGAGUCCCUGCCAUAUAGUAACACUACCCGAACGGCAGCAUUGGAAACAGGACUUGUUACCAAGAGUCCCGAGGACGCCACGAUUGUUGCAGGCUGACAAAGGCAGACCGGACUUUGGCGGUGUGGAGAGAAAUUUCGUUGCUGAUAGCGCCAUCAGAAGACACGCAGCUGUCCAGGUAUACAAAGCUGUCGACGUGUUCAAGCUGUGCAUUCAAAGUGAGCAUAGGAACAGGAGAGUGCCAAAAAGGGAAACUCACAUAAUUCUCCAAUAGUUUCAGUGCCACAGGAACUUCAACGUUGACACAACACGCAAUAACUGUCCGAAUAACACUCAAGUAGAAGCCCAGUCUUAGUGAGAACCCCUUUCUAGUUCAGCACAUAGAACAGAAUGGAGCGACAGACAAAGUCAAAUGUGCCUCGGGAAUUGAGAAAGACAGCUCGAGAGAGUAGAAGUCACUACAACAUUCAUUGUAGAGUUAAAAUGUGAUCUAUGCCGC